CAGAUGUAUCUCGUGCCACAUGUAAAAUUUCAUAUGUUGGGAAUAGGUUAGUGAAAAAUUAUUUCAUGUAAGAGUAAAUUUUCUUAUCAAAAAUAUUUAAAUUAGUUAGGUAAAUUUGCGAAAUAGUGUUUAGUUAAAAACUAUUUACUUAUUAAAAGUGAUUUUCGGUCGUACAAAUCUUUUUUUCUUUCUUACUAUUUGGUUAUUUUUAACCGAAAACUGAUACUAUACAGUUAUGCUCAAAAAAUUCUAUCAACCUCCUAGUUUUCAUCAUCGUACAUUUGCGGCGGCUUGUGGAGGCAAUUAUGAAAACAAAGGAUUGGUCAUCGGUGCAUACGAUGGAUGCAAUCCAGGAGAACUACGCUUCACACAGGCGGCCAAGUUUUACGACGAGCAAGAGUCUGCCGGAAUGUUGUCGCAUCUACUCAAAGGAAGUCACGUGGUCAAGCUAGGAAACGCUCAGGUGUUCAGUAACCUGAGGGGAGACUACUACUCGGUCGCCGUGGCAGGCCUUGGCAUGGAAGGAGUCGGCAUAAUCGAGGAAGAGGACAUAGAUCAGUGCAAAGAGAACAUCAGGAUAGCUGCGGCAUCCGGGGCUCUGGCUCUGCAAGAGACGGGUAUAAACAAGAUAUACAUUGAAAUGUUCACCAACUCAGAGGCGGCUGCAGAGGGCGCAACAUUGGCAACCUGGAGGUACCAAGACCUCAAGUCGACAACUCCAGUUCAUCCUAACACCAUACUAGAGCUCUUCCAAUCAUCAGACGUUGAUGGUUGGCAAAGAGGGACGGUAAAAGCUGAAUGCCAGAACUGGGCCAGAAGACUGGAGGAGUCCCCUGGGAACCUGUUGACUCCAAAGCUCUUUGCCCAGGCCUGUAUCGAAAGGCUGUGCCCUUGUGGAAUUCAAGUCGAAGUCCACGACAGAGUAUGGAUCGAAUCGAAGAACAUGUUCGCUCUUCUCAAUCUCGCUAGCGGAUCUUGCGAGGAACCGCUCCUGCUCGAAGUGAACUACUGCGGAGCGAAUCCAAGUGACAAACCAAUCUCCCUUAUCGGUAAGGGAGUCACAUUUGACACUGGAGCAGUAUGCCUCAAACAAGUCAAAGGUAUGUCGAAGUACCGAGGCGAUAUGUCAGGUGCUGCUGUUAUUUGUGCUGCAAUAAAGAGCGUGGCUCAGUUAGCCUUGCCGAUCAACAUACGAGCCUUUAUCCCGCUGAUGGAGAACAUGAUGGGAGGUUCGACCACAAGGCCUGGGGACGUCCUCGUGGCCCUCAACAAGAAGACGGUCCGCCUCACCAACACUGGCAACGAGGGGAGGGUCCUCCUCGUGGACCCGCUCUUCUAUUCCCAAGUCAACCAGCCCUGCCUCAUCGUGACGGUGGCCUCCCUAACAGAGCAAGUGAACAGAGGGCUCGGGCAGGGUGCUACAGCAGCCUUCACGACAUCCGACGAUGUCUGGAGGGAGCUGAAGGCCGCUGGAAUGGAAACUGGGGAUCGGUUUUGGAGGCUGCCCUUUUGGAACUACUACACCCGCCAGGUCACAGGUAACUAAGAGGUACCUGGUGUUGACGUAUGUAACGUUGGCAGAAACAACGAAGGAGAAACCUGCUUGGCUGCUGCCUUUCUGCUUCAAUUCACACCUCCGGGCGUUGACUUUCUUCACAUGGAUAUCGCCGGUACGGGGUUUCUCUCCGAUGGCAUCCUCGUGCCAUAUCUCAAGAAGGGACUCAUGUCGGGAAGACCGACGAGAAGUUUGGUACAGUUUAUCUAUCAAAUCGCCUGUCCCCACACUAAGGGAGAUGAUUGUUGAUAAAAAACUUAAUUU